CUCAAGUUUGCUACACUAAGUAAACCCCAACAUAAAAUAGUCUACUUUUUUCUCCAUUCACUCAUAAUAAAUCACUUGUACCUCAUGCAUAAGAACUUGUACCUUACUCUUGACUCAGUCUCCUCAAGAAAGCUGUUAAAGAAGUCGCCAAGAAUACUCACAGACAUUCCAACAACUACUUAACACAAGUAUCCAAGAAGCUAACUAAUUCUGUAAUUCAUCUUUUUGCAAGUUUCUUGAAUUCCAUUGAAUCAUCUUUAAUGGAAGCUCGCAAAUCCUUCGUUCUCAUUUUCUUAAUCUUUACAUUCAUGGAGGUUCUUGAUGGCAAAUUCACCUCACAUACCUGCAACCAUGAUCAACCCCCAAUCCAUUUUCCAUUCAAAGUCAAUUCUUUCUGCAAACACAAACAAACCAUGAUCAAAUUCCCAAAUUACGGCGAUUUGGGCGUGAAAUCCAUCUCAUACGAUCACAGAAAACUCACUCUAAUCGACCCAAAAGAUUGCGUCUUUCAAGUGUUCUUGAAUCUCAAUCUUGAUCCUACACCCUUUCGAUACUAUCAUGUUGUUAGAAACUAUACGUAUUUGAAUUGUUCGAUCAAUCUUUUGGGUUCUUUCGAACAAAUCCCAUGUUUAAGUGAUUCUAAACACCAUGUUUAUGUUGUGGAGUCAUCGUUAGAUAUUCCCAGUUCUUGUGAGAUUAUCAAAACUGUUUCGAUUCCAUUUGAGUAUAGUUCUUACGUUUCUGAUGAUAGUUUUGGUCUUGAUUUGACAUGGGAUUCGACUGGUUUUGAUGAUUUUUCAGAAGCUAAAAGGUGGUUUGGUGUUCAAUCCAUUGGAGAAGAAAUAAGUAUCGCGAUUUUGGUCUUUAUGGCGAUUUUGGUCCUUAUGGUUUUGGGAUUAGCAUGUGUAAAGGCUUAUUGUAUGAAGAAAUCUGAAAGCAAGACAAAUGAAUGGGACAAGUUACUUGAAGAUCUUGAAACCUUAUGAAGAUCGAAUUAUCAAAAGUCUCCUGCUUGAAGUGUAGUGUUUAUGUCUUUAGUUUUGAACUACAUAUAAAUUUAGUGUUAUGCCUUGAAAAUGAGGUAAUACUAUAAUAUUGAGAAAGUUAUCUUUGAUAACCAUCCAUUAUUUGUAGAAUAAAUAUUCAUUUAUUAGUUUAUAUUAAAUCUCAUGAGCUCAAAUAAUAAUCAGUUUAAUAA